AAAUAAUGGCAAUGGUUAUUUAAUUGUACAGUAAAGUGUUGCGCUAUUCAACCAGUCUGAAUUUACUAUUUGAAUAGAAGAGUUGUGGAAAUGAAACUUUUAACGAUUACAACGCUGCUCAUGCUAUUAUCCAUUACAAAUGGAUACAAAAUAUUAUUUAUGGUGCCAUUUAAUUGGCCAUCGCAUUGGAUACUUCUGCAACAUUUCGUGAAGGCACUAGUCGAACGCGGUCAUCAUGUAACCGCUGUUGUGAAUAUUCCUAUAAAGAAUUUUCAAUCGCCCAAUUAUACAGAGAUUCUUAUCGAUCCACCCUUUGAACUAGAAAAAGUUUUUUCGAUGGACAAUAUGUUCGAAAGCUCCCACGAUAAUGAUUUUCACAAGCUUGAGUUAUUCGAAAGGGUUUCAACACCAUCCAGCGACUUUGGAUUGAAAAGUGCGAGUAUGCAAAAAAUGAUACACAGUAAUGAUUUACAUUUUGAUUUGGUGAUACAACAGGAUUAUUUCCACGAGAGUUGGCUGAUGUUCGCCUAUAAAUUCGAUGCUCCAGUUAUUACAAUUUGUACUAAUGGGCAUCCCGAUUACUUUGAUCGGGCAAUGGGUCUACUCACGCCAUGGUCACAUGUUCCUCAUAAUAUCCUUGAUAACGAAGAUGACAUGACAUAUUCACAACGAGCUUAUAAUCUUUUGCUAUCUUUAUAUGAUGCGUAUCUUAGACACUGGGUAAUGCUGCCGAAACAGAAUGAGAUUGCCAAACGAUACUUCAGCCAUCUAAUAGAGGAAAAAGGAAGACCUCUACCGACCGUUGAAGAACUCUAUAAAAAUAUUUCAAUGAUCUUUGUGAAUACGCAUCGAAGUUCAUUCAAACCACGUCCACAAAUGCCCGGAAUAGUCAAUAUAGGUGGGGCUCAUAUCAAACCACCAAAACCGCUACCAAAAGAUCUACAGGAAUUCAUGGACAAUUCAAAGCAUGGUGUGAUCGUAUUCACAUUGGGUUCAGCGGUACGGAGCGAUGCGAUGCCAAAAGAGAAGAUGGAAGCAUUUUUGCAAGUUUUUGGAAAACUAAAGCAAAAUGUUUUAUGGAAAUUUGAAGAUGAAUCAUUUGCCAAUAUUCCCUCAAAUGUUAGGGUCCAAAAAUGGAUGCCACAAAGUGAUAUAUUGGCACAUGAAAAAGUCGUUCUAUUUAUAUCGCAUGGAGGAUUGUCGGGGACCUAUGAGGGCACGAUGCGGGGAGUUCCAUUCCUUUUCACCCCUCUCUUUGCUGAUCAGUUUCGAAAUGCGCGGAAAGCAGUAAAAGCUGGAAGCGGAUUAGAGCUUCCAUUUUCUCAGAUAACGGUCGAAACUCUUUCAUCAAAAGUCAACGAACUUCUCACGAACAAAACGUAUUACAAUCGGGCAAAGGAAAUUGCACGGCUGUCUAAUGAUAAUUUGGUGCAUCCGAUGGAAGAGGCUAUGUUUUGGAUUGAAUAUGUGAUUCGAUCUGGCAAUGGUGCGAAACAUUUGAAAUCGAGUGCCGUUCACAUGUCCUGGUUCACUUAUUUAAUGUUGGAUAUUUUAAUUAUGCCAUUUGUUGUCAUUUUCAUUAUUUAUCGUAUUGGAAAAAUGUUCAACAGAAAAUAGCUUCGAGGUUAAAGCAAUUGGGAUCUAGUGAUAGAAAAAUUAUAGAUUUCAUUCAUUAUCAAUUGCUAAAUUUUGAUAUUUUUUACGGAAAAUUUUUGAAAAUCCGUUUAUAAUAAAAUACAAAGUGCAAAGAGAAGAUGUUAUCACAAUGUUUGAUUUUGUCUUGACUCACAUACAACUCAAUAUAAAUUUCUCAAAAAAGGUGCCAGUCAUCAUGACAGACAAUUGUGUACAUUUCUAAUCCUAAUAAAAAUAAAACUUAUAUAACGACAAAAGAACUCUUGAAUAAUGUUGAUAAGAAAUACAAAAAUAAAUCUUCGCUUGAUUAAAUAAUAAAAACACUUUCACAUACACAAAUCAA